AUGCUUAAGCGUCUGGCGGAUGUCAUCGACGGCGCCGUGGUCGAGGAGAGCGGCGAGGGCGGUCGCAAGCGCGUGCUGGUGCGCCGGCCUGGCAGCGCGCGCCGCCGCGUCAAGCGCUUCUCAUCAGGCCGGCGCCUGGCGACGCCGUCGGUCGCCGCGCCAACGACAGCGCCGCGCCGCCAGAGGCCGGCCGAGGCCCAGUCCUCUGGCCGCCAGAUCAACCGGAAGGAGACGGUGGUGGGCACCAUCCGUAACUACUCGUACUACAACGAGGACGGCUCGUACACGUUCGGAUACGAGGCGGAGGACGGCUCGUUCAAGGAGGAGACGCGCGGCGUGGACUGCGUGGUGCGCGGUAAGUACGGCUACAUCGACCCCGACGGCGUGAAGCGCGAGUUCACCUACGAGUCAGGCAACCCAUGCGACGAGGAAACCACGGAAUCGGCACAGUUCGACGAGCAGGGCUUCCCAAUCCUGGACGAGGCGGGUCGCCUGGAGGGCGGCGUGGACCCGCUCGACGACCAGCCCAUCCGGAAGCCCAACAUCCAGUUCAUCUCGCAGACUAAGGAGGAACCGCUGGCCGAGGAGGAGCUGCGCCAGUUCCGUGUGAGCCGCCGGCGACGGCCGGAGAGCAGCAGCCGGCGCCGGCCGGUGGUGCAGGCCGAGCCGGUCGAGCUGGAGCCGCAGCCGAAGCCGCAGCCGAAGCCGAUCACCUUCCGGCCACGCCCGGCGGUCACCUUCCGCCAGGAACCGGAGACGAGGCGGCCGCCGCCGCCCCCGACGCAGCGCCCGCAGCCGACCUUCAGCUUCCAGCCGGAGCCGGAGACGAGGCGGCCGCCGUCGCCCCCGACGCAGCGCCCGCAGCCGACUUUCAGCUUCCAGCCGGAGCCGGAGACGCGCCCCCAGCCAGCCUUCACGUCGCCACAGCCGCGGCCAGCCGUGGCCACGUCGAGGCCGCAGACCGGCGCUACCGUCUUCAGCUUCGACGAGGAGCUGCGCAACCUGCAGACGAAGCCAACGUCGGCGCCAGCGCCGCCCCCACGGCGCCCGCUUGACAGCGGCGACACGGACCUGACGCUUAGCCGGCCGUCCGGCCCGGUCAGCGGCAACUUCGAGCACCAGCUGGUGUUCGACCCGAACACGGGCAAGCACCGCACCGACCUCGUGCAGACGCUGCCCGAGGGCACUGAGAUCCGCAUUGGCGAGCACCUCAACUCUUUCUCCAGCCGUCCACGUACCACCACCACCCGGCGCCCUGCCACGUCGCCGUUCCAGAACUCGGUGUUCCAGUCGUUCAACUCGGCCCAGCCCAGCCGUCCGCCGCCGCCGCCGCCGACGCGUCCGCCGACGCGGCCGCCGACGACCACGCGGCCCACUCGCCCGCCGUUCAGCGGCUUCAGCCAGCCGCAGCAGCAGUUCCGGCAGCCGCAGCAGCAGCCGCAGCCAUUCCGGCCGCCGCCGCAGCAGGCGCCGCGCCAGCCAUUCUCGGUCUUCAACACUCUGCCGCGCCCGCAGCAGCCGCAGCAGCAGCAGCAGCAGCAGCAGCAGGUGUUCUCCGUGUUCAACCAGCCGCGGCCGCAGCUGCAGCCGCGCCCCCAGCUGACUCCGCAGCCGCAGCCCGCCGGUGGCGCGCGUCCCGUGCAGCAGGUCAGCUUCGGCACCCAGGUGGCCAAUCCCGUGUUCGCCCGCUUCGGCGUGCCGCAGCCGUUCAGCCCGUUCGGUGCGCCGCCGCAGGAGAGAGAGGAGGAGAGAGAGAGAGAGAGAGAGAGAGAGAGAGAGAGAGAGAGAGAGGAG